CCUGGUUGUUUCUAGUUCCUUCGCCCAAACUCCCAACGGAACACGCGUCACAUCAGUCCCAAUUCUCCCGUCAUUUCUGGAACUCUCAUUCAUUACUCUGCUCAUUCACUCCCUUGGCGUUGCUUCCCAAUUUUAAUACAAAAGACACACAAUACAAUACACUAUUCAUUCAACUAAUUCAAAAUGGAAGGGAAUGCCAAUAACAACAAUAUAGAUCAAAUUGUGACCGUUGGAUCCGUCGUUGAAGCCGUUUCUGCUGACGCCGGUGAUGCUCCUCUUUACACCGUCGAAAGCCUCUGCAUGCGUUGUCAUCAGAACGGAACUACAAGGUUUUUGUUAACUUUAAUUCCAAACUUCAGAAAGAUUUUGUUGUCGGCUUUUGACUGUCCUCAUUGUGGUGAGAGGAAUAAUGAAGUGCAGUUUGCUGGUGAAAUCCAACAACGCGGUUGUUGUUACUCGUUACAGAUCCCAGCGGCCGAACCGAAGAUGCUCAAUCGACAAGUGGUAAAAUCAGAUUCUGCUACCAUUAAGAUACCGGAACUCGAAUUUGAGAUUCCACCAGAGGCACAACGUGGUAGUCUGUCAACGGUAGAAGGGAUACUAAUGCGAGCUGCUGAUGAACUUCAGGCCCUCCAAGAGGAACGCAGAAAAGCGGCUCCAGAGACAGCUGAUGCAAUAGAUCAGUUCUUGGUGAAGCUGCGAGCCUGUGCUACAUCAGAAUUGUCCUUCACGUUUGUUCUUGAUGAUCCCGCUGGGAACAGUUUCAUUGAAAAUCCGUUUGCACCGUCAUCUGAUCCAUCACUGACUAUCAAGUUUUAUGAGCGAACUCCUGAGCAACAAGCACUGUUGGGAUAUCUCGAUGAUUCUACGCAAAUUGAAAGAACUCGUGAUGAAGCACCAGAAGGUGGAGAAGCCGUGGCUUCUGAGCGAUUCACGAGAGAACCACAUGGGUCAGUUGGGGCAGCAGCUGGUCAUCGAGCCAUUGCACAAAGCAACAGUACAGAAAUUGCAGAUGCCUUAUUUCGAUAUUCUGCACCAGAAGAGGUGAUGACUUUCCCAUCAACUUGUGGUACUUGUGUUGCUAAAUGUGAGACUCGAAUGUUUGUCACCAAUAUUCCAUAUUUCCAAGAAGUAAUUGUUAUGGCAUCUACAUGUGAUUUUUGUGGUUAUCGCAACUCUGAGGUGAAACCCGGUGGACGAAUUCCUGAAAAAGGAAAAAAGAUUACACUUAAUGUGAAAAAUAUCAAUGACUUGAGUCGCGACGUGAUUAAGUCUGAUACUGCAGGUGUAACAGUUCCUGAACUUGACUUGGAGCUGGCAAGCGGCACCCUAGGAGGACUUGUUACAACUGUUGAAGGUUUAAUUACAAAAAUCAGUGAAAGCCUUGAAAGGGUCCACGGGUUUACUUUUGGAGAUAGUCUUGAUGAAAAUAGAAGAAGCAAGUGGCUAGACUUUAAAUCAAGGCUAGACAAGCUUCUUAGCUUGGAUGAGGCUUGGACCCUAAUUCUUGAUGAUGCAUUAGCUAAUUCUUUUAUAGCACCUGUGACUGAUGAUCUUAAAGACGACAAUCAAUUAACAUUUGAGGAAUAUGAGAGGUCAUGGGAUCAAAAUGAAGACCUAGGUCUGAAUGAUAUGGACACCUCUUCUGCCGAUGCUGCCUAUGAAACAACAAACACUACUAAAAUUGAGUGAUCAUCGUCUGGAACACUUUUCUCUUUACUCUCUUAUCUCAACUCCCAACCCAAAACAAGGAGGGAAGAGACAUAUGUGAAGGAAGCAAUUUUUGUGCCUUUGAUAGCAAGGAAACUUAGAAAGUAAGAAAAUGCUAGUAUUCUUAUUUAAUGGCUGAUUUGAAGCGCGCUUCUCAUGAAAACUUUUGUCAUCCUUUUUGAGAUAGUUAUUAUGUCUUGAAAAUAUAAUUUCUUCUGAAUUGGCAAGUUAGUUGAUUACAUCUGGUUUUUGCUGAUUA